AUGUAUCUCCCGCGACAGCAAAUAUCGCAACUGUACACAGACCUAAUCCGAACGACCCACCCUUCAUCCUCGCCCGUACUCGUCCUCACUUCCCUCACCGUGGACAGCCUAUGUGCCACACGGAUACUCACAAGCUUGCUGAAACGCGAUUUCAUACCUCACACUAUCAUUCCCGUCUCUGGAUAUGCCGAUCUUCAACGCGCUGGAGCUGAGCUCGUCCUCCCUCUCACGCGACAACGUGGCGGGGAUGGUGGGACAGUGGCUUGCCUUGGCCUUGGAGGGACCGUAGCUCUGGAGGACAUGCUAGGUCUGAGCGGCACGACAGAAGAUGGAGCCAUACAAGGAGAAGCAAUGGACGAGCAUGGGGUGGAGGUUUGGGUCAUCGAUUCGCAUAGGCCUUGGAAUUUGGAGAAUGUCUUCGGCACUCCUACCAUCAUACAACAAGGCGAUGAUGGAGCUGAGGUUGUGCGAAGGCGGGUUGGAGUUCACGAAGGCAAAAUCACCCCUGGCUACAAGUCCGGCCAAGGCGGCAUCAUUGUUUGGGAUGAUGGCGAUCUUGAAGCUGAGUUGACAUCAGAGAAGGAAGCCUACUUUGCCCUGCAGAAUAUGCCAGAAAUCACUGAGGACGACCUAGCUCUCGACGAGGGUGAGCAGGACGACGAGGAUGCUGACCAGGAGGAUGAUGAGCCGUCAAGUGCUGGCCAGAAACGCAAGCGUACCUCAUCUCCUGACGGUUCAGAUGAUGAGCUAGACUCUGAUGAAGAGAAUGAUCGGCCCAGGAGAAGACGACGAAGCAACUCGAGCGAUUCCAUCCCGAUUCCGUCUUCACCAGGCGGUAACCCACUUUCAGCGCAAGUAGAUAUCGGUUCGACACCCCCACCAAUGCCAUCAUCACCACCGAAACAGCGCCAGAAGUCUGCAAAGCAGCUGAGGAAGGAACUGCUCAAGUUGAGACGGAAACACGAAGCAACACUUGACAAGUAUUAUGAUCUUGGAACGAGCAGCGCCGAGUGUGUCAGCAGCAUGAUCUAUUCCCUCGCCUCGGAGUUGGGAAAAGAAGACAACGAGCUUUUGUGGUUAGCCAUUGUCGGUGUCAGCUCAGUUGCUAGCAUGCCGUCUGGCUCUGCAAUCAAGCUAAAUCAAAUACGAGCCCUACUACAAGAGGAAGUUAUACGACUAAAUCCUAUACCAGAAGGCGAACUCCAGCGAUCACAAAGCGCUGAAGCCAUCAUUCCUACGACAGCCAGGAGUCCGACAGACAACAGCAUUCGACUUUCACCAGAGCCACGAUUCUUGUUGAUCCGCCACUGGAGCUUGUACGACUCCAUGCUGCACUCUCCAUACUUAGCCACGCGACUCCACGUCUGGUCAGACUCGGGCAAGAAGCGCAUGCACAAACUGCUUGCCAAGAUGGGCGUCAGUCUGAAUGAAGCUGGCAAAGGGUACCUGCAUAUGGACACUGAACUAAAGAGGACAUUACGGAAACGCAUUCUCAAGUUUGCAGAGCAGUACAAUCUCGAUGGCCUGGUACCUGGUGACAACGGCAGGAACGGUAUGGAGGGAUGGGGGUUCGUACGAUCAUGGGGCUGGCGAGGGACGCUGAGUGCUGAGGACGUCGCCAUUGUCGUUGGCGCCAUACUGGAAGUUGGGACAGACGCUCACCUCUUCCCUGAUCUCAAGCUAGAUUCGCGAUCCUCUUCAGACCCAAACUACAACACCCGUGUACGCAACCUGCCAACACCGCCUCACUCUUCGGACGAUGGCAUGGGAGACGACGCAGCAGCAGACGUACCAGACUACAUCACGCAACGAUUCUUCCGCGCAUACGACUCCUUAGCACCCACGAAAGGCCUGAGCACUCUGCAAAAGAGCAUCUCCUCAGCACAGAACCUCUACAAAGCCAUUCUCCGCGUCGGCUCCGCUCUGAUCAGCAAGAAACAAAUCCGCCACCUCAGCGCCUUCCGCAUGGGCGUGGUAAAAGAAGGCCCCGACGUUCCACUCUUCACCCACCCCGGCGCCCUCGUCCGACUCGCAGCAUGGGUGGGCGAAGCCGUUGCCGUGCUCGACAGCGAGAAAGGCCGCAAAGUUCACAAACGUAAAGACGACGCUCUCGUUCUGGGUGCGUUAGACGAAAGCCGCAGCGUCUACGUCGUCGUCGGUUUAGGAGGCGGGAAUGGCUGGAGCGCGACGGGGAAGAUCCGCUCCAAAGCUGAAAUCAAGGAGCGGGAGGAGAGAAAGAAACGCAAAGCCGCUGAGAAAGCCGCACAGAAAGCCGAGCGUGCCCGGAAGAAGGAAGAACGCAGGAUCCUGAGACGCGAACGAAUGGAAGCUAACGGCCUGCUCGACUCGGACGUCGAAGACGACGACGAAGAAUCCGAAGCCGAGACGGAGAGCGUCUCCUCGCGCUCCUCCAACGAGGACUCGGAUGACUCCGACGACGACGAAGAGACCUCGAAGAAACGCUCGCGGGGUCUGAACCGCUUCGGCCAGGCUUUCCAGGAAGUCGUCGAGGAGACGGGGGCGCGCAUGAGGAUCGAUUCGUUCGAGCACAGUGUUGUGGAGGUGAGGAAGGAGGAUUUGGCGGGUUUCUUGGAGGCGUUGGCGAGGAAGCCUGUGGUUGGGUGA